GCCAUACUCUCUCUGAUGAAUCAUCACUACGCGCUCUCUCUGGCUCACAUACACAUUACAAACACACACAGUCACAAACUGGCUAGGCCUUCUGCUUUUCCAACGCUCUCUGUCUUCACCUGCUGGCUUGACGUACUAUAUAAUUACUCACUCAGUUUUUUUUCCCCAGCAUAUAUACCGUACCUUCUCUUCCAUUUCCAUACUCCUUUGCGGUCCAGCUAGCUAAGCCAAUUGCCUAAAAAAAGAAAAGAAGAAAACCAUGGGUGUUUCUUUCCAAUUUCCCACAAUCCUUCUGCCCAUCAUAAUAUUCAUUGUGUUAGUAGUCCCUGAUUUUGCAAAUGCAGAUUGGCCACCUUCCCCUGGUUACUACCCGAGUUCAAAAUUCAGGCCCAUGACCUUCUACCAAGGCUAUCGAACUCUCUGGGGUCCUAAUCAUCAAAGCUUUGACAAUAAUGGCCUUACCAUGUGGCUUGAUAGUUCCUCAGGUUUUUUUUUUUUUUCCUUUUCCCAUUUUUGCAUAGUGAAAUGUUAUUGUUAUUGUCAUCAUUGGUCUGCCUUCUUUUGGUUAAUUAAUCAUCAAAUCUCUAUUAAUUGUCAUCAUUAUUAUUAUUUGAAUGAAUUCUUCAGGCAGCGGGUUUAAGUCGGUUAAACCCUUUCGAUCGGGUUAUUUUGGCGCAUCCAUCAAGCUCCAACCUGGUUAUACUGCCGGAGUUAUCACCGCUUUCUAUCUUUCAAACGCGGAAGCUCACCCGGGGUACCAUGACGAAGUAGACAUAGAAUUCCUGGGUACGACGUUCGGGAAGCCGUACACAUUGCAGACCAAUGUGUACGUGUUGGGAAGCGGAGAUGGUCGGAUCGUGGGGAGAGAGAUGAAGUUCCAUUUGUGGUUCGAUCCCACCCAGGAUUUUCAUCACUACGCAAUCUUGUGGAAUCCCAAGGAAAUCAUAUUCCUGGUGGAUGAUGUGCCGAUAAGGAGAUACGCCCGGAAAGAUUCACGGACAUUCCCGUUGCGGCCAAUGUGGAUUUACGGGUCGAUUUGGGAUGCGUCAUCUUGGGCGACGGAGGACGGCAAAUACAAGAUCGAUUACCGGUACCAACCCUUUGUCGGGAGGUUCACCAACUUCAAAGCCGGCGGAUGCUCCGCCUACGCGCCGGCUUGGUGCCGGCCGCUGUCGGCCUCUCCGUACCGUUCAGGCGGCCUGACCGGGCAGCAGAACAGGGCUUUGCAGUGGGUCCAGAGUCGAUACCUGGUGUACGAUUAUUGCAGGGACAACAAAAGGGACCAUUCUCAAACACCGGAAUGCUGGAGUUGAAACAUUAAAAAAAAAACGCUAAAAUUAUCAAAACAUAAUUAAGUUUAAUUAUGGUAUUAUGAUUGAAUUGAAUGUUGUUGUGGUUACAUGAUCCGUUUGGGGUGUCUUGAGAUGGGUCCUUUGUUUGUCAGAGCAACAAGCCAAGAGCAGUUAAAAGCGUCCAUAUAUACUCCAAAAAGCCUCUCUCUCGCGGAAAAAGAAGAGGGCAGGCAGGAAAUUGCAAUAUUUUCUUUUUCUUUUUUCUGUUUUAUUUUCUUUGGUGUGUUGGAUUUUUGUUUGUAAUUUGAUGAUAUUGGGUCUGGGUACGUACGUCUGUACAUGAAUAAAUUAGAGGAUUGGAUGGGC